AUGGGGCAGAAGAGAAACUCACAAUAUGCUCUGGUCAAAUGCCAAGUGUUGGAUUGCUCAUUGUUGGAACCUGACCCAUCUUACUUUGUGCCCAUGGCUUCACUCAUGUGCCUACGCCUAAGUCACCCUACUCUUCUUCGUCACAGUUCAGCUCUAACUCCCAUUUCCAUCAGCUGUUUCAACCCUUCCUCUUUGCCUUACCGGGUCUUCAUGAAAAGCUCUCCUGGAACUGCUCCUACACGCGCGCAGACCUCACCUGCUAAAGACCAACUUGCUUCUCCUGAUGAUUUUGAAUUUGUGCCACCUCUGAGAAUUGUGGAGUAUCCAGAUCCGAAAUUGAGGGCCAGAAAUAAGCGGGUAGUUACCUUUGAUGAUAGUCUGAAGAAGCUUGUCCACGAAAUGUUUAAUGUGAUGUACCAAACUGAUGGUAUUGGUCUCUCAGCACCCCAAGUGGGAAUUAAUGUUCAACUUAUGGUGUUCAAUCCAGUUGGUGAGCGUGGUAAAGGAGAGGAAAUUGUUCUUGUAAACCCAAGGAUUAGCAAAUACUCAAAGAAAUUGACACUAUUCAAUGAAGGUUGCUUAUCUUUCCCUGAAAUUUAUGCUGAUGUAAAGCGACCAACAUCUGUGAAUAUUGAUGCACACGAUGUCAAUGGAACAAGGUUUUCAGUCAACUUGUCUGGCCUUCCUGCACGAAUUUUCCAGCAUGAAUUUGAUCAUCUACAGGGAAUUCUUUUCUUUGACAGAAUGAGUGAAGAUGUUCUUGAUAGUAUUCGGGGACAAUUACAGGCCCUAGAAACAAAGUAUGAGGAAAUGACUGGACUCCCAAGCCCUGAAACGAUAAAGAACAACAAGAGGAGAAAGGUUGCUAUUGGCUUUGGGAAAUAA